AUGAAGGGACCACGCUCAGUGCCGACGGCGCCUCUCUUGCGCUCUCUCACAUCACGACCAUGCCCUCGGUACGCACCCAACGGUGUAAAGGCUAUGCGCCCGACACCAUCGCAGUACCGAACUUUUCUGCGCCCGGAGCGACCGACGCAUCGAGCAGUCGAGGGCCUGAAUCUCAAUCGCAUGAAACACGAGUCCUACGACUACCACAUCCGACGACGCAAUUUCCUCCUAUGUGGCGCCAUCUCCGGUAUCAUUGCCAUCUGCUACACAUCCUACCUGAUCUCGGUCCAGCUUCGCAAACCGAAGAAGUUCGACUCCGGUCUCCCCGACAAGCUCGACCCGUUCAACACCGAGGCCGGCUCGAAGCGCAAGACCGUCGUCCACGAUGCCCAGGGCCGCGAAGUCGUACCGACGGGGAACAGCACCGUUCCCACCUUUCCACGUACCCUAGAUCUCGCCAUCGGCGCCGAUGAGGGUCAGGAGAAGGUCAGUGGUGUCGAGUACACGCUCGUCGGCUUGGGCGUGCGAACCGUGAGCUUCCUCGGUAUCCAAGUCUACAUGGUCGGCUACUACAUCGCUACACCCGACAUUGCGGCGAUACAGUCGCGACUCAACAAAGAAAUCAACCCGGUCGCGACCACAUUGGUGCCAAGUGAGAAGGACGAACUGCGCAAGGCGCUUCUGGACCCCGAGAGAGGCGAGAAGCUCUGGAACAGCAUCCUGCAAGAGACAAAACCUCGCUCAGUCUUCAGGAUCGUGCCUGUCAGGAAUACCGACUUCCCUCACCUUAGAGAUGGACUGGUGCGCGCCAUCACGGCCAGGUCACAAGGCAACAAUGCGAAGUACGGUGACGAGGGGUUCGGUAUGGCCAUGAAGGAAUUCAAGGCCAUGUUCACAAAGGGCAGUUUACCCACGCAUAGUGAAAUGCUCAUGUGCCGGGAUGCGGCUGGAGCUCUGACUAUCACGUAUGACGAUGGCAAAUCGGGCAUGGCCACGGUUGGACGAGUGGAGGAGGAGAGACUAUCCCGGCUGCUCUGGCUCAACUACCUCGCUGGCAGCAAGGUGGCAUCUGAGCAAGCACGCAAAAACAUCGUCGAGGGACUCAUGGAGUUUGUCGAAAGACCCGUUGGCACAGUGGCUACGCAGGUUAUAUGA